UUGCGCUCCAUGCAGUCAGUCACAUGAGCCGCCGGGGAGUCGUGCAGCCCCCGCCCUCCUUCCCCCGCACCCCUUUGGCCGUGAAUGGCACGGCCCGGAUGAGCUUGUACGCAAGGAGGGUACGGGCGAACCAUUGAGCGGGGGCGGGGGAACCCGGCAGCCACCGGCGUGAGACUAUCCCUUCGCCCGGGCGUUGCGGCGGGGGGAGCGGACGUGACAGGCUGAGCGGCUGGGCGCAGGCUGCCGGAGACGGAGGGCGAUGGUCGUCCCGAAGGGACAGGAGUACCAGGCCCCCCAGGAGGUUGAAACAAGAGAAGAUGAGGAGCAAAACAUCAAGUUGACUGAAAUUUUGGAACUCUUGGUGGCUGCUGGGUAUUUUCGAGCAAGAAUCAAGGGGUUAUCGCCCUUUGACAAGGUGGUAGGCGGCAUGACGUGGUGUAUCACUACUUGCAACUUCGAUAUCGAUGUUGAUUUAUUGUUUCAGGAAAACUCUACUAUUGGUCAAAAAAUUGCCUUAACUGAAAAAAUUGUGUCAGUAUUACCCAAAAUGAAGUGCCCUCAUCGUUUGGAACCACAUCAGAUCCAGGGACUGGAUUUCAUUCAUAUAUUUCCUGUUGUACAGUGGCUGGUGAAACGUGCAAUAGAAACAAGGGAAGAAAUGGGAGACUAUAUCCGUUCCUACUCUAUAUCACAGUUUCAGAAAACUCAUAGGCUACCGGAGGAUGAAGAAUUUAUGCAAAGAAAAGAGAAGGCUAUCAAAACUGUUACUGACAUCUAUGAGGUUUACAAACCCCAGAGAAAAUACAAACGCCAGAAGGGAGCUGAAGAGCUGUCAGAUGAGGAAUCAAAAGUUCAUUCUACACUUCUGGAAUAUGGCAGGAGAUAUGGAUUUAGCAGACAAGCAGGGAAAGCAGAACAGGCUGAAGAUAAAAAAAUUGUGCUACCUCCAGGGCUUGCAGGAGCAGGGAAAGCUGAGCCUUGUGAUGAAGAGGACCUUCAGGCUGCUGAAGAGCUUCGCAUUAAAACUUUGAUGACUGGCAUGGCUGCAAUGGCAACAGAAGAGGGCAAGUUGACAGCAAGUACGGUUGGCCAGAUUGUUGGACUCCAGUCAGAUGAGAUCAAGCAAAUAGUGUCAGAAUAUGCUGAAAAGCAAUCUGAGCUUUCUGCAGAGGAGCGACCAGAAAGGCUUGGAGCCGCCCAACAACACAGAAGGAAGGUGGCUUCUCUGAAUAAGCAGAUCUUGCAGAAAACCAAACUCUUGGAAGAGUUGCAAGCUAAAUGUACAGAUCUGCAGGCAAAAUGUACCGAAGCAAAAAAGACAUUAACCGAGGUUAAGAGUUACAGUGAAAAGCUGGACAAGGAAUUGGCAGCCUUAGAAACAAUAGAAUCCCAAGCAGAUGCUAGCAUAUUACAGAGUCUGCGAGCAUUGGUGGCCAUGAAUGAAAACCUGAAAAGCCAGGAGCAAGAGUUCAAAGCACAUUGUAGGGAAGAAAUGGAGAGACUUCAGCAAAAUAUUGAGAAUUUGAAAGCUGAGGCAGUAGAAAAUGGAGAGGAACAGGAGCCAAACAAGGUUAUAGAACAGCAGUACAAAGCUGAGAAAGAAAAACUUCAGAAGAUCCGACUGCUCUUGGCACGAAGAAACAGAGAAAUAGCCAUUUUGCAACGCAAGAUUGAUGAAGUACCCAGCCGAGCUGAGCUAACACAGUAUCAGAAGAGAUUUAUUGAACUUUACAGUCAGGUCUCAGCAACUCACAAAGAAACGAAGCAGUUCUUUACUCUUUAUAAUACACUGGAUGAUAAGAAAGUAUAUUUGGAAAAGGAGGUUAACUUACUGAAUUCUAUUCAUGACAACUUUAAUGAAGCAAUGGCAUCUUCUGGUUCUCGUGAGCAGUUCUUACGGCAGAUGGAGCAGAUUGUAGAAGGCAUCAAACAGAAUCGGAUGAAGAUGGAAAAGAAGAAACAGGAAAACAAAAUGCGACGAGACCAGUUGAAUGACGAAUACCUGGAGCUUCUAGAGAAGCAGAGGCUCUACUUUAAAACAGUGAAAGAAUUCAAAGAGGAAUGCCGUAAGAAUGAAAUGCUGCAGUCCAAGCUGAAUGCUAGUUCUUCCUGAAGAACUCCAGCUGCAGAAGUUUAUAGAUUGUUCAGUCCAUGGAAUCUCUUUUGUGAGGUGACAGUUAUAACUGCAAUGUAGAUAUAUAUAUAUAUAGAUACAUAUAUAUAUAUAAAAUAUAUAUAUAUAUACAGCUGUAAAAGUCUGGGUUUUUUCCAGUAUGUAUUAAGUUUUACAUUCCUUCAUCACAUGGCUGUACUAUCCAUUAUUGCCUCCACUACACAGUAAAGAGUUAACACAGUACUGCAAAAGAGAAAUAUUGUCUAAUUUUAUUUAUUUGGGUUUGGGAUUAUUUUUUUUUCCACAGUUAAGGACAAAGGGGUACUUUUUGUUUGAGUUUUAAUGUUGAAUUAAGUCAAGAUUAAUGUAAUGUGUAGUAUGUCCAGUACCACAGGAUGAGCACCGCAGAGUGAGGUGGUUCGUUAAUCUUGGCUAAAAAAAACACCCCACAGAAUGAGAUCCUUGAGACUCUCUUCACCAGCUAAUCACUUUGCAUUAUUGAAAUUUUACACUCUAGCCAUAGAUAAUAUUCCAAAGGAUGAAAAUUAAUUUCUAAUGGUUAAGACAUAAGAAAAUCAAAACUUAAUCUUGAGUAAUUCCUGGUGUAAAAUUACAGAUCUAUAUUUUUGUAAAGUCUAGCUGCUGUAUAAAUUUAUUUGAAAUUUCAUUUUUUAUAUAGAGAGAGCGUGCUUGUUAAUAGCUCCAGGGGGAAAAAUAAAACAACAACAAAACACACCAUAAUCAAUAGGACCAUCAAGUUUUCCCUGGCUGGGAUGAUAAACAGUCUGUCUCAUGUAUAAUACAGGACGGUAAAGGUUCAGACAUUCUGCUCAGUGAACUGAUGCUCACCUUUGCAGACC